UCCAACUCUUUCAAUAACACUCAAAUUGCAUUGAUGUUUACAUUCAAAUACCAGUGUGCUUAACUAAGUAUUGAAAAUAGUUUUUGAACGUUUAUAAUUAUGCCGUUGUAAACAUUAAAUCUGCUGUUAUCUUUCAGUCGUUUAUUGUGUUAAUAAUAUGAACGGAUAUAAACACUCACGAGCGGUUGACAGUAUACAUGGGUCAGAGCACCACCCUUCAUGCAUCUCAGCAGACUGGCGACCUUAGUCGUGUGAUGUUCAUAUUUCAGCUCCUUCAGAGCGGCUUGAUAUUCACGGCCCUCGUGGCCGGUGCCAUCAGUAUCGGUCAUCUAGUCUUAAUACGCCGGAAAUACUGCCGAAAUACCACGACGCUGUUCGCAGUGGUGCUCUCAGGAUAUUUGCAUCUGAUCGCGAGCGUGUACAUGUUGACAAUUGCCGAAAAUUACAUGAUAAGACGCGUAAAACAGGGGCCCCCGAGCGUCGGCUCGUGCUUAGAUUACUCGAUGAGGGCGGCGUUUGCAAACGGGGUGGUGCUCGUGUUUAUCGUGCAUAAUGUUUUUGUUCAGAACUUUAAAUGGUCGAUGUCUACGUGUCUAGCAUACGCAGGCACACUUGGUUGCAUCAUCACAGGAAGUUUUUCCGUAAUCAAGAUUGUGUCGCACAAUAGCCCACUUCCAGUUGCACAACAUUCGCUUGUGACGCUUGGAACGUAUGGAAGUCAGCACUUUGACGUAUUCUUGUCCGUCUGUCAAAAAAACGUUUACGAGGAAAGAUGGGCUAUUCUGGUGGAAUAUUUAGUGAUAUACGUACCCGUCAUGGUCACCGUGCUGGUUGCUCUUUGCAGGAACAGGACAAAACAAACGGAAGUCACCAUCACAGAGCUAAAGAUUCUCUCAAACAAGGAGUGCAACGUUUCAGUGUUUAACUGUAAUUGUGUUAAAUUGAACUCAGCCAUGGUUGCCGUUCUUUUAUACAUUACUAUUGUCUUACUCAUAGUACGGCCAGGAUACAUUCUGUAUGCGCACGCAACUUCGGGUUACUUCUGGGACAUAUUGCCAAGUUUGUUACAGACAGUAAUUUUCACUUUUAUUUGCUCAGAAUAUAUUGGAAAGGUCCUCAUUCGACCACAAUAUUGGAAUAAUGAGGUGAAAUCAAACGGCUAUCGUGAUUGUAAACAUAAGAGCAACCCUCUUAUGCAGGUUUGAUUUAAACCCCCAGUAAAUUUACAUUUUAAUGACCGUUCCAAGGCGGUACCUAACAAUCCUUGAUAAACAUGCCUAGUUUUUUUAUAUAUAGCAUGUAUGCACUGUGCUGUUGGUGGAGUAUUGCUCUGUUCUUCCAUGAUUCUUGUUUGUGAUUUUUUGUUUUUUGUGUUCUAUGUUUUUGGCGUUUACACAGUGCCAUUAAACCGAGUUUAUGUUUAAACUUUUUGCUACUGAGCUUGUUUCUGUAGAUUUUCACAUAAGUAUUGAUAAGCUGUAAAUUUUUGUGGACAGGUUCUUUAGAGAUGUGUUGUUUAAAAGUAAAGACACACUUGCUUGGAAUGGGAAAUCCAUAGUUAUGUUUCCACAAAACUGUGAUACUAUGCUCAAAUAUGUGUGUAGCACUUUUGUAACUGGGUCAAUAAUUAGCACAUAAACGUAUCAUAUU